AUGAAUUCGGGCCUGACGGAGCUAGAAAUGGGCGCCGUUUUGGAGCUGAUUCAACUCAGCGGCGGCGGCGGCGGCUUCCCCGUCCUGUGGGUCGAUUUUUCGGCGGAAAAGGAUGGGUCGCGGGAUAAGCGAUCCGAGGAAGAGAAGAGCGCCGGCGAGUCGUUUUCGUCGUCGGCGAGCUCAAUCGUUAGCGCCUCCGGUGAAGCUCUGCCCCGGAGGAGAAAGAGGUUCCGAUCGCUCGCCGAUAUUUACCUAAAGACUCGACCUUUGGUAAAGAAUCGCGUCAAGAAAAGGGCCGGGUUUUGA